AUGCUCCCAUCCCUUCUUACUUGGGCCCUGUCAUUGUGGCCUGCGCUCUCCCAGGCUGCAGAAAUCAACGCGGCGGCCUCUGCGUUCAAUCUAAGUGAGCUGUCUCUUGGCGACGGCCGCUUUCUGGACAAUCAAGAGCGCACCUUGUCCUACCUGAAAUUCGUCGAUACCGAGAGACUGCUGCUUAACUUCCGUGCAAACCAUAAACUUGAUACCAAAGGUGCUGUGGCCAACGGUGGCUGGGAUGCUCCUACUUUUCCCUUCCGCACUCACGUCCAAGGCCAUUUUCUCACUGCCUGGGCGCAGUGCUACGCGGUUCUGGGCGACACUGAUUGUCAGGAAAGGGCAACCUACUUUGUUUCCGAGCUGGCAAAGUGCCAGGCCAAUAACGAAGCCGCUGGUUUCAAGACCGGAUACUUGUCCGGCUUUCCAGAAUCCGAUUUCGAUGCCCUGGAAGCCGGUACGUUGAACAACGGAAAUGUCCCCUACUACAACAUCCACAAGACCCUGGCUGGUCUUCUAGACGUCUGGCGUCUGGUAGGGGAUACCACCGCCCGUGAUGUCCUCCUAGCUCUUGCCGGGUGGGUGGAUACGCGGACAAGCGCCUUGAGCGAGGCACAAAUGCAAUCAGUCCUGGGAACUGAGUUUGGAGGCAUGAAUGAUGUAUUGGCGGACCUUUACCAUCAAACCUCGGAUGAGAAAUGGCUCAAGACUGCCCAACGCUUUGAUCACGCCGCUGUAUUUGAUCCACUGGCCGCCAAUGAGGACCAGCUCAACGGCCUGCAUGCAAAUACCCAGGUGCCCAAAUGGAUUGGCGCAGUCCGGGAAUACAAAGCAACUGGAGACACUCGGUAUCUCGAUAUUGCUCGCAAUGCAUGGACCAUUACCGUGAACGCCCACACCUACGCGAUUGGGGCCAACAGCCAGGCAGAGCAUUUUCAUGCUCCCAACGCCAUCGCGCAGUAUCUUGACUCGGACACUGCCGAAGCCUGCAACUCCUACAACAUGCUCAAAUUAACACGAGAGCUGUGGACCUUGGAUCCGGAGAAUACCACGUACUUUGACUUUUAUGAGAAUGCCCUUCUCAACCAUCUCCUUGGUCAGCAGAACCCGGCCGACUCACAUGGGCAUAUCACAUAUUUCACGUCCCUCAACCCAGGUGGCAAUCGAGGUGUUGGCCCAGCUUGGGGUGGUGGCACAUGGAGCACGGACUACGAUUCUUUCUGGUGUUGCCAGGGUACAGCCUUAGAAACCAACACCAAGCUCAUGGAUUCCAUUUUCUUCCAUAGCGAUUCUGCCCUCUACGUGAACCAGUUUAUUCCCUCGGUUUUGACCUGGUCUGAGAAGGGGGUGAAAGUCACCCAAAGCACCACCUUCCCUGUCAGUGACACCAUCACGCUUGAUAUUGAUGGAAACGGCGAUUGGGAACUAUACGUUCGCAUUCCCUCGUGGACGUCGAACGCGGCCAUCACGAUCAACGGGGAGCAGGUAACCGAUGUCGAUGUAAGCCCUGGAUCGUACGCCAAGAUAGCGCGCACUUGGGCUUCAGGCGACAAGGUUCAGAUCCAGUUGCCCAUGCAUUUGCGGACGGUGCCUGCAAACGACGACCCAAGUCUCAUGGCCAUUGCUUAUGGUCCGGUCAUCCUCUCCGGCAACUAUGGGAGCUCUUCACUGAGCUCCGCUCCCUCUCUUGCACUGGAUUCGGUCGUUCGUCAGGGGGAUUCCUCGCUUGAUUUUUCCGCCACGGCCAACGGUGCAAAUGUGACUCUGGGUCCGUUCUAUGACGCACAGGGCUUCAAUUAUGUUGUGUACUGGUCAACAACUGGGGAGUUUGGCGCAAAGUAG